GAAGACCCAGGGGCUCGUUGAUCCAUAAUGACCAAAGGUACCACGUCGAUGGGGCAGCGCCACGGGCGCACCCACAUCCUCUGCCGCCGCUGCGGCCGCAACGCGUAUCACGUGCAGUGGGAGCGCUGCGCGGCGUGCGCCUACCCCCGCCCGAGCCGCCGACGCUACAACUGGUCGGUGAAGGCGAUCAAACGCCGCCGGACGGGAACGGGAAGGUGCCGCUAUCUCAAGGUCGUCAACCGCCGCAUCGCGAACCACUUCAAGACCCCCAAGGCGUAAGAAGCGGGGAUGGUUCGCGAGUUGGCUGCGUUUCUAGGUCCACAACUACUUAGUUUUCUUAUUUGCUAGGCCUUUUUAUAAUAAAAAAAAUAAUAAAAAGAAAAA